GCCUGCCUCCACCGUUGCCCCCCGCGUCAGCUCCACCCCGGCCGCCGCGUCGACUCCGUGGCGCAUCGCGGAAGGGUGGAAAGAGUGGAAGGCACCGCCGCGGCUGCCUCUACCGGCUGCGAGGAGGAAGAGAUUACAGGUUGAAUGAGAAGAAUUGUACUACAAGGCAGUCGAGUGUUAGAUUAGGUUUUAGCCACAGGAUCACCAAAUAACUGGAAAUGGAUGAUGGCCUCGAGCUUAGUUUAGGCCUCUCUCUGGGUGCCGGUGGGUCUUCAGGGAAGUCCAAGGCAUCAACAGAUGUUCAGCUAGAACCUAAAGCGGAACCUCAGGUGGAAGAAAGCAGCAGCAAAGGUGUCUCGCAACAAGCACCUGAUGCUCCGUUUGUGCACUACUAUCAGACAACUGCCGAGACCCAAGAACACAGUAGCAAGCAGAGGCGCAGCCCUGCGACGCCUCCAUUCGGGAACUUCUGGGGACAACAGGGAGGUUCCCCUGCACCUGUGGCAGAAGGAUCCAGUGAGCCAGUGACACAUCAAUCUCAGCUUCCCAGGUAUCAAGAUGGGUGGAAUUCGAAUAACAAUGGAAAUAAUCCUGAGGAGAACAACCCGGUCUCAAGUAAACGCAAGUUGCUUUCUGAAGAGGCAAGUUUUCAGAAGAAGCAUCAUGCUGCUGCUGACCAGCCUGAUGCAUUCAGCAAGUGCUCUGAUGGAGGUGUGAAAAAUGCACCGAUUUCAAUUAGCACGGAUGAUGGUUCAACCGGUGAAAAUGAGGAUGUCGCAGACUCGGAAGCAGAAGGCUCAAACUCUUGGUUAGUUGCGCAGCGUGAAGACAGUGCUAAGGGCUCGGUUGUAAAUAGAGGAUCUGAUAUAAAGAGAUCCGGUGAUGAAGCCGCAGGUGGUUUUCAAGGAAAGAGACAACCAAGUUUCUCAGGAAGUGAAUCUAGCUCUGGAAAGUUGCCGCAUGGAAAUCCUUUACAAGCAUCAAAUGUAGUGGUUCUGCCAUAUCAAGGCCAAACUCAGGCUUCAGCUACCCCCGGCAUAAUUAAUGCAUCAAAUUUUCCUCCAGUACCUACAGUACAGUUCAGGCCACCCAUAAACAAUGGAGCAGCUGCCCAGACGAUGGGUGGUUCCUCUCAGGUUGCUUUUGGUUACCCAACAGGACAGCUUCCAAUACUUGAAACAGGCUCUUCAUGGGCAUUUGGUGCUCCACCUCAGGCUAUUUCUUCUUUUGCUGCAAAGCAAGCUGAACGAGCAGGUGCAAAUCAAGCUGGUGAUGGCAAGAAACCUCAAGAGGCUGGCACAUCUUCCUCUGCUCAUGUGGUGGGUGACAAGAGGGCGGAUAGGGUAUUGCCUCUUAUGGGUUCUGCUAUAAGGCCGGGCAUCGCCCCAAAUGUCAAAUUUGGAGGGUCCGGAUCAUAUCCUGAUCUUCCCUGGGUUUCUACAACUGGGACUGGGCCAAAUGGCAGGACCAUAUCGGGUGUAACAUACAAUUUCGGCAAAAACGAAGUGAAGAUUGUAUGUGCUUGCCAUGGCACCCACAUGACACCGGAGGAGUUUAUUCGACACGCAAGUGUGGACGCCACGGGCCAAGAGAAUAAUACAACAAUGCCGGCGUUUCCUGCCGGGAAUCAAGCAGCCUCAGCCCAAAACUAAUUGAGCAGUCUGUGUACUGGUUUCAGAGUGCUUUGCUUGGGCUUGCUGCUCCCUUUGUGUCUAUGCCGUCCAUGCCUUAUAAUAUAUUGUCGUCACAAUAUUGAUAUCUGUAAUCAUGUAAGUUUUAGACACAGGUCAUGUUGUAUCUUUGGCUUAGUUAUGGACAAAAUUGAUGUAUUUAUAGUUCGUUGACUGAUUGUGCAUGCAAAAUUAAGUAGAUGUGUUGCCAAUACACAAGGUGGAAUAAUGGCAGCAUCUAUAUGUCUUAGAGAAGUAUGGAAUUUAUGUUUAUCUAUGUAAUUUUUAAUUACAUAAGUUUUUUCAAAAUGUCA